CGGGCGGAGCCAAACUCCUGUGGAGCCCCUAAACAUGAAUGUUAAAUUGUGAACUCUUGAUAGACGGACCGUCUUUGAUAAUGACUAUAACGUGUAAAUGCUGAGUUAUUAAGGUUACACAUGGAAGAUCGGGACGCUUGGCGUUGGCAGUAAUUCGGACAUAUUGUUGGGAAACAGCUUGAACCAAAUUUUUUAUUUUUUAUUUACCGUUAUCGUCUAUUAAAAUGGAGGGUUUUGAAGGAGCCAGCAGCAGCGAGAGUGUUUUAGAUCUGUCCCGUUUGAAUCUGAACAAUAAUGGUUUGGACACGGUCAGCGAAAAACGACGGAAAGACACGAAGCAACUGUACCUGUGUUACAACCGAAUGACUUUUUUACCCGAGUCCAUCUCUUUAUUCUCGAACCUGGAGUUUCUCGACAUCAGUAACAACACGCUGUCGGUCAUCUGCGAGGACAUCACCCGACUGACCAAACUCAAAACCCUCAUAGCCAAGAACAAUCGUUUGAAUGAGUUCUCUCUGCCCAAGCACUUUGGCUCUCUGCAGCUGGAAGUGUUAAAUUUGAGUGGGAACCGGUUUGAGGAGAUGCCGAGCCAGUGUCUGCAGCUGCUGCGGCUCCAGUCUCUGUCUCUGGGAGGAAACAGACUGAAGAGCAUCCCAGCAGAAAUCGAGAGUCUCGCCAGCUUAGAGCUGCUGUAUCUGGGCGGUAACCAGAUCUCCUCCAUCCCUGCCGAACUAGCUAACUUACCCUGCCUCAGUUACCUAGUUCUGUGUGAUAACCGCAUCCAGAGCGUCCCACCUCAACUCAACAGGCUCCAUUCCCUGCGCUCUCUUAGUCUGCAUAAUAACCUGCUGACGUAUCUUCCGAGAGAGAUCCUGAGCCUGGUGCACCUUCAGGAGCUCAGUCUCAGAGGCAAUCCUUUGGUGGUACGCUUCAUCAAGGACAUGACCUACGACCCCCCGUCACUGCUGGAGAUGGCUGGCCGAACCGUCAAAAGCAAGAACCUCCCAUACUCCCAUAAAGACCUCCCGAGCCAUCUCGUCAACUACCUAGACAUGGCCAGCAAGUGCCCCAACCCCAAAUGUGCAGGUGUUUACUUUGACUCAUGCGUGCGUCACAUCAAGUUUGUGGAUUUCUGCGGGAAGUAUCGCCUGCCCUUGAUGCACUACCUGUGCUCCCCAGAAUGCACCUCUCCCUGCAGCUCCAACCCUCAGAGCGACGCUGACUCAGACGAAGACAACAGCGUGCCUGCCGAUCGCCUUCAAAGAGUGCUGCUGGGAUAACCUCGCUCACCCCGCACACGUCGUCUCCUCUCUCUCACUUACAGUGUUAUCUGCAGGAACUUUGAACUUUACAGCCAGCUGGCUUGAAAACCUCUCAGCUGAAGCCAAAUCUUAUUGCCAAGUGAUUGAGCAAGUGGCAUUCUGGGAAAGACAUCUGCAGAUAGUUUCUCUGACAAAGGCAAAAUCAAAAACACUGGUGGUUCAGAAUAGUUGUUAGUUAUAUUAACUAUGUUGCCUUGGUCAUCAAUCUGUUUAGCUCUUGCACUUUUGUAAUAUGUUAGAAGACGCAGUUUAGGUACAUGCAUAUCUUUUGCUUAGUAGUAGGUUGUUUUGUCUCUCACAGCAGAGCACUAACAUAAUUUUUUCACAUUACGCACAAAGAUUUACUGUGAAAUAAACAGAGAGAACACUUGCUUUUUGGGUUUGGGAGAGAUUUUAGAAAAAAGUUUUCGUCAUGUUUGUAACUGCUAGCCUGCAGCACUGUAGAACAGUGCUACAUCUUCAAAAACGUGCUUGUGUCUGCAAAAUAUCUUGAUUAAGCCUUUAGGUUAGUACUGAAUUUACAUACACUUUGUGGUUGCAUUCAAAAACCGGGGGAAGCAUCUAAAAUCUUGAGAUAAACAGUGACAAAGGUUACCAGUGACUUUGUUUUGGAGGUUAAUUCUUCAUUCUGCAUUGAUAUAAAAUAUAUGAUAUUGUUACAUAGCCAAUGGACAAAUUUGUGAUGUGUUUCUGGUAUUUUUAAACUGAAUUUUGUUAUUUGAAAUCUUUCUGCACAAAGAAAAAUAAGGGGCAAAAUAAUUUUACCUUUUGGGAUAUUAGCUUGUCCCUGAAGCAGUACCCUUAAAAUGACAUCUUUAUUAUUAUUAUUAUUAUUAUAUAUUUUUUUUACCCUUAGUGAGGUAAACAUUAGUACCUUAAGGGUAUGUUUUACUACUUAUUAGGGGUAAAACAUUUUUUUUUUUUUUCUUGAAAAAAUGUCCUUUUAAGGGUACUGCUCCGGGGAGGUAAAAUUUUAAACCCCUUUAUUUCCGUUUUAUAAACUCAAUUUCUUUAGUUUCUUAAUGUGUAUUACACUCUUAGGCUUAACCAAUAUUGACUAUGCAAAUAACUAAUGCAGUCAUUAUUUCAGAGUUUUAAAAUUAAUAUUGGAGGCUUUUAUACUAAAUAAUCUUUUAUGAUAUUUUCUAUAUAUCAGUGACAAGAUAGAAUGUAUAUUAUUUAAGAUGAAGACAGAUUUGAAUAACAUUCACUCCUCUAAUGGUUAAUAAAGAUGUAUUUGCACUUCUUAUGUAGAGUACUAUAACAAUAAAAAAAUAUUAUAAUGA